GAGAGAAAAGAGGGAGGGAGGGAAGGAGUGGGGCGAGUUGUAGGGCGAUCGCAAGACAGGGAGAACGAACCCGGGAAGGACUUGACUGGGAGCAAUCGUGAAGGAAGGCACAAUGUCCCGCAAAGGAUGCCUCAGCGUCACAAAGUACUUCCUCUUCAUCUUCAACCUCUUCUUCUUUAUCCUUGGAAGUCUUCUCUUCAGCUUUGGCUUGUGGAUCCUUUUUGACCGAAAUAAUUUUGCUUCAGUUCUUGGGUCAUCAUAUUAUGCCCUGAAGGUCUGGUCCUAUAUUUUCUGUGGUGUUGGCAUCCUCACAAUGUUGAUAGGCUUCCUUGGAUGUCUUGGUUCUCUCAAGGAAAUCAAGUGUAUGCUCGGAUUUUAUUUCACCUUCCUGCUGCUGCUUUUUAUUGCUCAAAUCACCAUUGGAAUCUUGAUAUACACACAGCGCAAUAAGCUCAGAGAGACCGUCGGUGACUAUGUAUCUGGCAUAAUCAAUACCUACGGAACCAGCGACCCAUUGUCAGAUCACGAUGAGAGCUGGGAUUUUGUCCAAAAGCAGCUCCAGUGCUGUGGAUGGAAAUCCUACAAGGACUGGGAGAACAACAGUGUGGUUCGAAAUGCUUCGGAUCAGAGCUACCCCUGCUCCUGCCGCAAUGUGUCUCAGUUUGACCAGUUAGAGGCCAACAACACCGUCAGUGGGGAGCUAUCUGGUUUCUGCAGUGCUGAGGGAAAGUGGCCGGUCUACACAGAGGGCUGCAUGGACAGUGUCGAGAUGUGGCUUACCAAUAACAUCAUCACCAUUGUGGGGAUCUGCCUUGGGAUUGCACUCCUGGAGCUCUGCCUCAUGAUGCUGUCGAUGUUUCUGUGUAGGACAAUUGAUCCCGACUAUUACAAGCUCAGUCGCUAUUCCUAGGAGGUGAAUCAACACUGCCCAGAGUUGGAAAUCAUUCCUUCCAAUUCAACCAUACCACUUCAUGGGGUUAAACCAGGGUUUGCCUGGUGCCUUGGUGGGUGGGGCGGGCGGGGAUUCUUUGCCUGGUCUUUGUGCUAUUUUCUACCCUAAUUGGCAAGCAAAUCUAAACCUUCAGGAGUUGCUGUCACUGCUAGAAACAAAAAAGUGCUCUAUCUAGUCCAGAACAGUGUUUAGCUUCAUACAGCUAAAGGGAUUAUUUUGCCCUUAAAUCACUUUUCAGAGCCAUACAAAUGCGCUGUCUUUUGCCAUUGUGCAGCAAAUACCCAAAGUAAAUUGUCACAGCUGCAUUUUCAUACCUCCUGAAUGCUUAGAUCCUAAUGACCAAAACUGGAGACUGCAUAAAGAAAACUAUGUGACAGGCAGUAAUCCACCCACUCAUGAUUCAUGAUUUUGAUUGAUUUCCAAAGUUAACCUGGAAACCAAAUCUGUUUUCCAACUUUUUAAACGUAAGUUACCUGUUUAUUAAAGAUCCCAUAAACAUCUUUCUUUCUUUCUUGGAGUUAAGGCUAGAAAUCUUGCUCCUAUUGGCACCAAAACAUGACAUGAUUAUGUAAACUUGAAAAUUGGUUGUAUACAAAGCUAAUUCUGGAGGUGGAAUAAAAGAAUAGCGACAACCUGGCUAUCAUAAGCACAUUUUCUGAGCCAUGGUUUUUAGACUGCUUUUGGAGAUGUGCCUUGUUUCAGUAUGGCAUUAGGGGUGCCAAGGAAGUUUAUGUGACAGUUCUCAAUGUGUCUAGAUCAUAGAUACAGAAAGGUACUCUUUGUGGAUUACAGCUUCCAGAAUCUGCUAGAAUUAAAACGGGCUGAGAAUUUUGGGAGUUGCGGUCUCAAGUAUUUUUACAAGUUAUCGUCUGGAUCUGGGGCUUGUAUAUUCUGUGACAUACUUGUAAACCACUUAAGUGUUUGACUUGUAUUGCAAUCAAGAUGUGACUGGCAGGUGCUUUAUAUAAGAGGACUGGGUUCUCCCCCCCUCCCCCCCGGUGUUACAGCCCACAAAUUUUGCUCCAUCACUAACCUAAUGCUUUGAACUGCUAGCUUUUAUGCCAUCAGUUUGAACAUGCUCAUCUCAUGGUGACAGCAGCUUUAUGUACACAAGAAUUCCUAUGCUGGUGUCUUUCCAUCCUCUUCAGAUGCAAGACUGGAUAUGAUGCAUAAAAUUCUCUAGUAUCUGUGUAUGGGAGCAUUAACUGAUCUGUGUUUGCAUAGCAUACAUAUUGAUGCUGCUCCUCCAGGGGCUGGAUAAUGCUACACAAUUUCACCUACACAGCAUUUCAAAAAGCUACUCUUUCCCCAGUGGGAGUUCCCAGAAUCUAGCCAGUGCUGCCGUAUAAAAGUUGUAUUUCAUAGACAGGGUGACCAACUGUUCGUCUUUACUUUGUGUUCUGUCUCGCAUGUUUACUCCCAUACUGAGAAACUUACUUCUAACUUUUGCUGUAUGUUUGUAUUUAUGUAUAUAUUCCAACUGAAUGUUUGACACAGUACAAUUCUGUAGGAAAUAAUGUCAAGAUGAGGAUGUGGGUGGAAUGAGGUGCAUAUCAGCUUCACCUCUCCUCAACUUGCUGUCUUUUCUUCGUAAGUAUUAAGGGAAUUUUUGUAUCCUCCCAUUUUGUAAAUAAAGAUAUAGAUCCAUAA